CGCUUGGCACCGCGAGAGCCUUACGAGCCGCGGGGAGGGUCAGUCUGCGCCGGACUCAAAGCUCCCUGCCAGAAAGGUCUGGCGUAUCAGUGGUCGAGACUGCCUCCGCCUCCUCCCAAUCCUGGUCUCCCCGCCCAGCCCAGAAGGACACAGAGGCGCGGCAGAGUCCCCGACGCAGAAGCUGGGCGCGGAGGCUGCGGACCCCGUCCUCGGACCCCGCCAGCGCCAUGUGGCUUUCGCUGCUGCUGCUGCUGGCCCUGCUGCUGCUGGCGUUCUUCCGCAAAGGGCACCUGCGCCUGUCCGCAGGUGGCUCCCCGAACCCCUUCUCCGAGGACGUCAGGCGUACCCCCGCGCCGCUGGUGACCGACAAGAAGGCCAGGAAGAAGGUUCUCAAGCGAGCUUUCUCAGCCAGCCAAGUGCCAGAGAAUCUGGAUGCAGUGGUGAUUGGCAGUGGCUUUGGGGGCCUGGCUGCAGCUGCGAUUCUGGCCAAAGCUGGCAAGCGAGUUCUGGUGCUGGAACAACACAGCAAGGCUGGAGGCUGCUGUCAUACUUUUGGACAGAAAGGUGUUGAGUUUGACACAGGAAUCCAUUAUGUUGGGUCCAUGCAAGAGGACGGGAUUUGCCGUUUGGCCUUGGACCAGAUCACGGAGGGGCAGCUGGACUGGGCUGCCUUGUCCUCUCCCUUUGACAUCCUGGUACUAGAAGGGCCCAAUGGCCGAAAGGAGUUCCCCAUGUACAGUGGGGAGAAAGCUUACAUUCAGGGCCUCAAGGAGAAGUUUCCCCAGGAAGAAGCUGCCAUUGACAAAUAUGUAAAGCUGGUUAAGGUGGUGUCCCGUGGAGCUAUCCAUGCCGUCCUGUUGAAGAUGCUCCCCUUGCGCUUAGCUCAGCUCAUCAGCAAAUGUGGGCCGCUCACCCGUUUCUUUCCAUUCCUUCGUGCGUCCACCCAGAGCCUGGCUGACGUCCUGUGGCAGCUGCCUGCCUCCCCGGAGCUCCGGGCGGUGCUGAGCUAUAUCUUCCCCACUUAUGGUGUGACCCCCAACCACAGUGCCUUUUCCAUGCAUGCUCUGGUGGUUGACCACUACAUAGAAGGAGCCUUUUAUCCCCGAGGGGGUACCAGUGAGAUUGCUUUCCACACCAUCCCUGUUAUUCAGCGGGCCGGGGGUGCUGUCCUGACCCAUGCCACUGUGCAGAGCGUGUUGCUGGACUCAGCUGGGAAAGCCUGUGGCGUCACUGUGAAGAAUGGUCAGGAGCUGGUGAACAUCUGUUGCCCCAUCGUGAUCUCCGACGCAGGACUCUUCAAUACCUAUAAGUACCUGCUACCUGAGAACGCCCGCUGCCUGCCAGGUGUGAAGCAGCAGCUGGAGAUGGUGCGGCCUGGCUUGGGUGCCUUCUCUGUUUUCAUCAGCCUUCGAGGCACCAAGGAGGACUUAGGGCUACAGUCCACCAACUACUUUGUCUGCUUCGACACAGACCUCGACAAGGCAAUGGAGCACUACCUCUCGGCGCCCAGGGAAAAGGCUGCGGCACAUGUGCCCAUCUUCUUCAUCUCUUCCUCGUCAGCCAAGGACCCCACUUGGGAUGACCGGUUCCCAGAACGGUCCACGAUGAUCGUGCUGAUGCCCACCUGCUAUGAGUGGUUUGAAGAAUGGCGGGAGGAAGCAAAGGGACGGCGGAGCAGUGACUAUGAGACCCUCAAAAACUCCUUUGUCGAAGCCUCCCUGUCGGUUGUCAUGAGGCUGUUCCCACAGCUAGAGGGGAAGGUGGACAGUGUGGCCGGAGGGUCCCCACUGACCUACCAGUUCUAUCUGGCUGCUCCCCGAGGUGCCUGCUACGGGGUGGACCAUGACCUGGAUCGCCUACAUCCUCACGUGAUAGCUUCCAUGAGGGCCCAAACCCCCAUUCCCAACCUCUACCUGACAGGCCAGGAUAUCUUCACCUGUGGGUUGAUGGGGGCCUUGCAAGGGGCUCUGCUGUGCUGCAGUGCCAUCCUGAAGCGGAACUUGUACUUAGACCUUAAGAAGCUUCACUCAAGGAUCCACGCACAGAAGAAGCAGCAUUAGUUCAGUAAGCAGUGGGUCUGAGGAGUCCCACCAGCGCUAUGGCUCAGCCCUUGAUUAGCCAUGGUGUCCUUCUGUCCUGUUCCUUCCUCACAUAAAGCACUCUAAUUUGUUUUAUUUCUGACUAGAGGUCUGACACACAGGUCACAGUCCUUAGAUCAUAGUUCUCAAGCUGCGGCUCUUCCAGUUGGCCAAUGAUGAGCUCUCAUGCCUCCAACAUGUCCCUGCUGAAAUACCUGGUGUGGGUGGGUCUGUGCCUUGCAGAGCUCCUCUUGUCAAGCAGUGCUUUGCAUACCACACUCUCAUACCUCCCAGCUCCAAGCUGUCAAGAGUCAAGUAUUCUCUUGGUCAGGUGGAGAGAACCUUCAAAAGCAUGGGCCAGCUGAAGCAGCUUGGGCCAGCUGUCCCGAGGCUUCUCCUCUCCCAUUCUCCACGCUGCGCUGCAGGAACUCCACACAACUGAGGGUAAAGAGGGCCUGAACAGGCUUUUGUCCAAACCUGGGCAUGGUUUUGGUUGUAGUUCCAUAGGUUCAGAGGCCCCCAGACCCCAUUUUUAUUGGUUCCAAUGGCUCUUUCAGAGGGUCGAGGAAAUGCCUAUGAUGGGCUCGGUGUGGGUGUGGAGGUAAAGACAUUUGUCAGCAAGGUAUAUGUUAGCAUAUCCAAUUCAUACACAACAGGCCCUAGGUUCGUCUUACUUCCAAGGUGACACUGGGUCUUCAUUGGGUCUGCACCAAGAUAUGUUUACGGAGCUCAGUACCUGAGCCUUAAGGUUUAUCUUCCAAAAAUCCACAGCAAAGGGUAACAUUAGCAGUGGGGGCAGAGGAGUGGAAAGAUGACUUUACCGGGGUUGAAGCAGGCUGAAAGAGCAUUCCCGCCAAGCAUAUAGCAGAGGACAAUCACAGAGGUAACUGUAAGACACAUUAGCCAGCUACCUACUAGACCCAGAACAUGGGCUGCCUAUUAGGGAGCAGUGCGGCUGGAAAUCAGUCAGGAUCAGAAUGUGGAAAGCUACAGAAUGUGUGCAAAGGCCUGGGAUGGUGUUCCUGUUUACUGGUACACACAUGGGGAUUAGAUAGGAAGAUUAACAAGGCUUUAAAAAAAAAUUACCUUUCACUUAUAUUAGCCUUAUUUCUGUCAAUUUUAUUACCAUUUUAAUAAAUGUAAUGAUUUUGUAGCUUUA